GAGGAAGGAGCUUGGUGGAGCUUGGGAUUGACACGUGGACCUGCCCUGUGUUUCUGUUCUGAAGUUUGAUUGUUCCAGUGAAGAAACGGACGCCCCUCCUUCUUCCCUUGGUGGCAGCUUCUUCCUCUGUAUCCAGUUCUGCUGGCUGAACUGAAUCUCCGGGAUCAUGAGUGUGGGCUUCAUUGGAGCUGGCCAACUGGCAUUUGCCCUGGCUAAAGGUUUCACAUCGGCAGGCGUCUUGGCCUCCCACAAGAUAAUGGCCAGCUCACCAGAUAUGGACCUGCCCACAGUCUCUGCACUCAGAAAAAUUGGUAUAAACCUAACCACCAGCAACAAGGAAACAGUGCAGCAUAGUGAUGUACUUUUCUUGGCUGUGAAACCUCCUAUCAUUCCCUUCAUCCUGGAUGAGAUUGGAGCUGAUAUUGAGAACAGGCACCUUGUGGUCUCCUGUGCAGCUGGUGUCACAAUUAGCUCCAUUGAGAAGAAACUGACAGCCUUCCAGCCAGCCCCUAAAGUCAUCCGUUGCAUGACCAAUACCCCUGUGAUAGUACGGGAGGGUUCCACAGUUUAUGCUACAGGAACCCAUGCCCAAGUGGAGGAUGGGAAGCUUUUGGAACAGCUAAUGAGCAGUGUGGGCUUCUGCACCGAGGUGGAAGAGGACCUUAUUGAUGCUGUCACAGGCCUCAGCGGUAGCGGGCCUGCCUAUGCAUUCACAGCUUUGGAUGCGUUAGCAGAUGGUGGUGUGAAGAUGGGGCUACCUCGACGACUGGCAGUCCAUCUGGGGGCCCAGGCUUUAUUGGGAGCUGCCAAGAUGCUCUUGGAGACCGAAGAACACCCUGGACAGCUGAAGGACAACGUCUGCUCCCCAGGGGGAGCCACGAUCCAUGCAUUGCACUUCUUAGAGAGUGGCGGCUUCCGCUCCCUCCUUAUCAAUGCUGUAGAGGCUUCCUGCAUCCGUACACGAGAGCUUCAGUCCAUGGCUGACAAAGAGAAGAUCUCUCCAGCUGCCAUCAAGAAAACUGUGCUGGAUAAAGUGAAGCUUGACUCCCCUCCAGUAUCCACGAAGUCAUCCUCCAAUCUCACCAAGCUGCUAGCUCAAAGCCAGGUCCGUGGAGGUCAGAAAGAGUGAGGCAUGCCCUCUCUCUCUUCCCUUUGAUUUCUGCUCCCAGACACAGAGGGAGAAAGCAUCUCCACGUGGCUGUAACAGCCCUUGAUCGAGUAUCAGGAAGCCCAUGACCACGGAACUCUUUCUCCUACAAAGGUCAGCAUGGGGACUUUCCCCUGGCAACUAAAAAGGUCAAGCUUGUCCCUCUUUCUCUUAAAAUUCAUAGGGUUUCCCUAAGAUUUAUAGCUUCUGAAGACUCUGAUGCAGAAGAGAAUAUUUCUAUCAUUCAGCCCUUUUCUUUCCUUCCCUCAUGGAAACAACCUCUGCCCUUCCUCUCUUGGAGAGUUGGCCAUCUCUGGAGAAGGUGCCAAGAGUGCUGAACCCAACACUUUUAGCUGAAUUGGACACAUAGACAUAUUCUGCCUGAGAAGGGAUGGCUCUGGAGUCUUGCCCUAAGCCAUGACCCCUGACUCUGGGGAAAGCCAAACAAUCCUUCUCUCCUUCCUCCCCACCUGUCUGCUUCUACUUUUUAAAAAAAAAACAAACCAUUUUAUUCUGAACUUAAGAAAUAAGAUAAGUAUUUCUAUAAUGGUAGAAUAGGAAAAAAAAACCAUGAAACUACAAAUCUAUUAUGUACAACUUGUUCUUCUUUUUAAAUAUAUAAUAAAGUUAUCAUGUAACUUUUUUCCUUUUUUGCUUCCCUUCCCCCACCCUAGAGAUGGCUAUCAUUAGACACAAAUAUGUAUACAUAUGUAAAACCAUUCUAUACAUCCAUAUUCCUACUUAUCAAUUCUUUCUCUGGAUGCAGAUAACAUCUUCCUUCAUAUGGCCUUUGUAGCUAAUUUGGGUAUUUAGAAUAGUCUAAAUGAUGGUCACUCAAAGAUGUCCUUAAAACAAUAUUGCUGUUACUGUAUACAGUGUUCUCUUGUUUCUGCUCAUUUUGCUCUUCAUUGUUUCAUGCAAGUCUUUCCAUGUUUUUCUAAGAUCAUCAAGCUCCUCAUUUCUUAUAGCACAUUACAAUCAUGUGCCACAACUUUCUUUUCAUAAUUUUCUUGAAUUGCUUUUAUUUUUCCUAAUUUCUCCUCCAUCUCUCUUAUUUGAUUUUUAAAUUCCUUUUUAAGUUCUUCCAAGAACUCUUUUUGGGGUUGCAACCAUUGGACAUUUAUCUUUGGGGCAGAAGUGGCUUUUUUUUUUAACCUCAAUUCUGGUUUGUUUUUUUUUUUUAAGAAAAGUUUUUAUUGAUGUCUUUUGAUUUUACUCCUUCGUACCAUAUGCAACAUUUCACACCUGUAGUCCCCUGCCUUUCCAUUUUAAGGAGGAAAUCAUCUAUUUCCUCAUUAUUUCUGCAUGUGUUCUCUGAUAGCCUUACCCCUACAUCUCUGAAAAACAUACCCCAGGUCUUUAAAUAUAUACCUUCUAAUUUGUCAUUUGCAACUGUCUGUGCCUAGUUUAGCUUUUUGUCCCUACUUCUGUAGCAGUGUUUCUGUUACAAUCUUUUAAACAAAAUAAACCCUUUGCUUUUUCAAUUCAGCUCAAUUCAACAAGCAACUACUAUGUGUCAGACGUUAUAGUAAGUGCUGGGGAUGUAAUAAUACCAACAAUAAAUAGCUAACAUUUAUAUAGC